AACAACUCAAACCAAACUCCCUUUGUCAUCACAUACAAUCCAGCUCUUCCUAACGUUUCCACCGCUGUCUGGAAGAAUAUAAACAUUCUUCAAUCAUCCAAUCGCUGCAAACAAAUAUUUCCGUCUCCACCAAUCGUUGCUUAUAAAAGGAGUCCCAGCCUUCGUGACUUACUUGUUAGAAGCGCUUUACGUGAUUAUAGCAUACAACAAGAAAAACCAUCUCCCGGCGUUUCAAAAUGCAAUCAUCCACGCUGCCUUACCUGUCCGUUUUUAAAACAAGGCCAAGCCAACUACACCUUCACCUCCAACAAAGAGAAACGACGUAUACAUGACCCCUUAAACUGUAAAUCCAAAAACCUUUUAAUUAUCUAUCUCAUUGAAUGCAAAAAAUGCGGCAAACAGUACAUUGGGGAGACCAAGCGCCAUCUCCACCAACGCUUUGGGGAGUAUCGCCGCUCCAUUCUCAACUAUGGCCACUUCUAA